CUGACCAAAAGAAACCCCAUACAAACCGACUUCUUCCAUCAGGAGAUGACGGAGAUCGGUGCGUCGACUACUAGUAGCAGCGCCAUGGAGUCGAUAAUGGAGAGAUUAUCUCAUCUAGAAAACCUCUACUUUCCUAGGGCUCAACAAUCCUCCGCUCUCCUUCCUUCACAACGUAAAUCCAUCCUCCAAGAUCUUUACUCCCGCGAUACCCCUGUUUUCUUAGAGCGCUACGGAUCACUACUAACAUUGGAGGAGCUUAAGGAAUUUGAUGUAUUAAGAGACAAUUAUGAAAUCAAUUGGCAUCUAAAUCAUCUACGGAGUUUGAUUAGUCCAACAUCUGAGGAUUUGAAGUUGAGGUCUGCAAAGGUUAAAAAUCGGAGGCGUGCAUACAUGGAUAAGUUGAUGUUUGAUGGGAAAUUCUUCUCUGAGGAUGCAAUGAGGGAUAGAGAACCCUACUUGCACCAUGAGUUUUUGGGGAAAUUUCAAGACCCAAGUGGAAGACGCAUGGCUAGGCCUGGGGAGCGGUGGUCUGAAACGUUGUUGAGGAGGGCAGAGGAAGGAGUUUUGGUGGAGAAGAUUAGGAGGGAGCAGCAGAGAUUGGGUGUUGAUGAGAGGGAAUGGGUGGGGAAUGAGAGAGUGCAAGAAGAACAAGAGGAGGAAGAAGAGGAGGAAGAAGAGGAAGAUGAAAUGGAAGAAGGAAAUGAUGGUGAUAUCAAUAUUCAUAGAAGGAUGCAUCAACGCGAGGUCCUCCCAGAUGACAAGGGUAGUUUAGGCAAUGAGGAGGGUACAAGUUUAUCAGCUGAAGAGAUGGCAGAUCGAAUGGACCAAUUUACGCAUGUGAUGCAACAGAAGUUUCUAUCGGGUGAAGAUCAUCAUCAUUUUAAUUACUCGAGUAUAGAUGAAGAUGAAACAUUGGAUGAUCACUGGAUGAGGGAAGCUAAUUAUGAUGCAGAAGAGAAGUACUUUGCCGAUGUUUGACUCAUAAUUCUGCUACUGUAAUUACUAGUGUCGUUGUAACAAACAUCUAUCGUAUCGUUUUUCUGUUUCGUAGAUUUUUUGACAACAACGUUGUAAUAAAUGGUAUUCUUCAGGUGCUUGUUUUUCAUUGUGGUUU